AGAAGCGGUACAUCAAAUAGCGUACACGUACACGUACACGUAUGUGUAAUAUAUACAAAAAUAGUCCAUUCGUACGUUUGUAAAUAUACAACAAGCAAUACAAAUAUACAUCAAGUAUCUAGUCUCGGAUUUCAUGCGCAAAUCUAAUCAAUACCCAUCAAAUUUAAGAAAUAUAAUGUCAUGUCAAAGACGGUAACACCUAUUUACGAGUCUUCCUUGGUGAAGAAUCGAUCUGUCAACUGUGGUAAUUUGUUACAUACUGAAUCGAUACUAAAUACAGACAGUGCUCGUGCAAAUUCCAAUACGAGUAUGUCUCCAACACACGCCAUGAAUUUCUCCAAAGAAGCCCGACAAGGCACAGGUCUUGUGACCAAUUACGCGUUUGCAUCGGAAAUCAAUAGCAAACUGCAACAAACGCCAACAUUAUCAACAUUAAGUAGUACAAAUAACGUGCGGUCUUCUUUUCACCCGCGUAAGUUGAAGGGCACAUCUCACCCCCAUGCCGGUCGCGCCGCAACCUCAAGCUUACGCAAAAAAAGUAUCACAGAAUACCGAAAGAAUUCUGCAGAGUUUAUGUUCAGGACCAUCAACAGCAACAAUGCCCGGUCACCUGAAUUGUUGACAAGCAUACCAAACACAGAGCCGUGUGGUUCACUCAGUAAAAAAUCAGGGAGAGCGUGGAGGAAAAGGAAUAGUAUAGCGGACAAGGGCGCCACACCUGUAUGUCACGGUGUGCGCCGAAAAAGUCUUACUAGCGUCAAGUCCAGUACUUCAUCUGAUUCUGGGUCUGAAUCUUUAUUGAGCUUGCCAAAUUCAUCACUAAGUUCGUCUUCUCAAAAGUCUGUAUGUGAGGAAAUUUGCGAAGAAGAUCCCGAUUGCGAUAUCAAAGAGAACGACGUUGAGGGAGAGGAGCUAGAUACUGUCUCGCACACCCUUCCCAUCGGUGCCUACAACUCCAAACGAACAUACUCGAACCUAGGAGGUAUUGGAAAAUCCACAGUUGACCGAAGAGAGGAUGUGUUGCGCGCUACGCAACCAGCCUGGAAGUGUCAACAACUCCGAGUCGAUAUUGACAAACCAAUGGGCAUGAUGAAUGCCAGUCCCAAGCCGCAAAGAGUGUCAAAGAUGAGCACCUUGUCGACAAUCACUUCACUUUCACAUCUAUUUCUCCGUAGGGGCAGUAUUGCAUCGGCCACCUCUAUAAGCUCCAUUCAGAACAAAAACGAUGUAUCUGAUUUGGACUUCAAUGACGUUAUCGAUUCUAAUAUCGGUGAUAUUGGCAGUGAGGGCCGUCCCUUCAUACCCAUGGGCUCUUUAUCUUCGAUAUUCAAGAAACGAGACGAGGGUGAGAGAACUCAAGAUGCAUUGCAGGACGACAUGGAACAACACUAUACUAACAUCGCUACCGCUAUCUGCAGAACGGCUUCAAAUAACAGUUCAAGGAGUAGUCUGGCAAAUCUUAGCCCUCCGACAUUGCCGGCGUCCCGUCGGCACAGUCUGAUACGAAAGUUGCUGCAUAAAUUACAUCUUGAGAAGAAAAUCACAUAAUACCAUGCUUAAAUUCACUUAAUAAAAUAAUAAUCUCGACC